AUGAAGCAAAAGGUACUCGAUAACCAACGCAAGCUUGCCGAAUCAGUCCCGCACGUUACCGAGUACUUCAAGAAGCUCCACGAGACGAUUGCCUCGUACGGGAUUAACCCGGCUGAUAUCUGGAAUAUGGACGAGACGGGCUUCCGUAUUGGUAUUGGCAGGGACCAAGUUGUCGUCACGAAAUCAAGGCGAUCGCAAUACUUUGGUAUUGAGGAAAACAGGGAGUCGGCAACAGCCGUUGAAGCGAUUUCUGCCGAUGGUCGAUACAUCCCUGCGUUUUUGAUCCUAUCCGGCAAGGUCCACCUCGAACAGUGGUACGGCAUCAAGGAGCUAGAUGGCGAUACCCUUAUUGGUGUUACGGAAACGGGAUUUACGAACGAUCAGCUCAAUCUAGCGUGGAUUCAACAUCAAAUCGGAGAAAUACGCACCUUGCAAGGCGUUCAAGGGUGA